ACGGGAGGAGACUCAGGCUGGCCGCGCUCCCGCCCCCACUCCCCCUCCCUGGCCGGCUGCGGCGCUCGGAGCCUCCUCCCCAGCUUCCCCAGCUGCGGGGCCACUCGUGCAGACGCGUACCAAACUUUUCCGCCCUGGGCUCGGGAUCCUGGCCUCCGGGGCCGCCCUGCCCGCCCCUUUCCCCGGGUUCCUUCUCGCGCCUCUCUUUGGACUAGGAGUCCUCCCUCUCUCUUAGUCUUUUUGGGGAGGGGCUCUCCACGCUUGGGGGAGUUCCCGAGGGUCACCAGCGCCGCGCUUGCCUUUCUAUUUCGCCUUCACCUGGAUAUAAUUUCCAAGCGAAGCUGCCCCCAGGAUGACCACGCUGGCCGGAGCUGUGCCCAGGAUGAUGCGGCCGGGCCCGGGGCAGAACUACCCGCGAAGCGGGUUCCCGCUGGAAGUGUCCACUCCCCUCGGCCAGGGCCGCGUCAACCAGCUCGGCGGUGUAUUUAUCAACGGCAGGCCGCUACCCAACCACAUCCGCCACAAGAUCGUGGAGAUGGCCCACCACGGCAUCCGGCCCUGCGUCAUCUCCCGACAGCUGCGCGUGUCUCACGGCUGCGUCUCUAAGAUCCUGUGCAGGUACCAAGAGACGGGCUCCAUCCGUCCGGGGGCCAUCGGCGGCAGCAAGCCCAAGCAGGUGACAACGCCCGACGUGGAGAAGAAAAUUGAGGAAUACAAAAGAGAGAACCCGGGCAUGUUCAGCUGGGAAAUUCGAGACAAAUUACUCAAGGACGCGGUCUGCGAUCGAAACACCGUGCCCUCAGUGAGUUCCAUCAGCCGUAUCCUGAGGAGUAAAUUCGGGAAAGGCGAAGAGGAGGAGGCCGACCUGGAGAGGAAGGAGGCAGAGGAGAGCGAGAAGAAAGCGAAACACAGCAUCGACGGCAUUCUGAGUGAGCGAGCCUCGGCACCCCAGUCAGAUGAAGGCUCUGACAUCGACUCUGAGCCAGAUUUGCCGCUAAAGAGGAAACAGCGCAGGAGCCGAACCACCUUCACAGCGGAACAGCUUGAAGAACUAGAACGAGCUUUUGAAAGGACCCAUUAUCCAGACAUCUACACCAGGGAGGAGCUGGCUCAGAGGGCGAAGCUCACCGAGGCCCGAGUACAGGUUUGGUUUAGCAACCGCCGUGCAAGAUGGAGGAAGCAAGCUGGGGCCAAUCAACUGAUGGCUUUCAACCACCUCAUUCCGGGGGGAUUCCCUCCCACUGCCAUGCCCACUCUGCCAACGUACCAGCUGUCGGAGACCUCUUACCAGCCCACAGCUAUUCCACAAGCUGUGUCGGACCCCAGCAGCACUGUUCACAGACCCCAGCCGCUUCCUCCGAGCACUGUACACCAAAGCACUCUUCCUUCCAACCCAGACAGCAGCUCUGCCUACUGCCUCCCCAGCACCAGGCAUGGAUUUUCCAGCUAUACAGACAGCUUUGUGCCUCCGUCCGGACCUUCCAAUCCCAUGAACCCCGCCAUUGGCAAUGGCCUUUCACCUCAGGUAAUGGGACUCCUGACCAACCACGGUGGGGUACCGCAUCAGCCCCAGACCGACUAUGCUCUCUCGCCUCUCACUGGGGGUCUGGAACCUACCACCACAGUGUCGGCCAGCUGCAGUCAGAGACUAGACCAUAUGAAGAGCUUGGACAGUCUGCCAACAUCUCAGUCGUAUUGUCCACCCACCUAUAGCACCACGGGCUACAGUAUGGACCCUGUCACAGGCUACCAAUAUGGGCAGUAUGGACAAAGUGCCUUUCAUUAUCUCAAGCCAGAUAUCGCCUGAGCAAACUGUACACUUGGAGCUAAAACUGGCCCUGUUUCCGGUCUUCACUGUCUGGACAUGAAGAAUCUUC